AUGACACCGACGACGACGACGACGGUGGAGGAGGCGCCGACCGAGAAGAAGCGCGGCAAGGGCGCGCGGCUCACGGACGAGCAGCGCAUGGAGAUCCUCGAGACCAUCCUGAGCGCGCAGAGCAGCGAGAGUGCGGUCAAGGUGCCCACGAAGCAGCUCGCGGAAGCGUACGGCGUCACGCCCGCCGCGAUCCGCAAGCUAUACAAGGACCGCGAUAUCUUCCUCUCGCGCUUCGCCACGGGCCGCGAAGGCGUCCGCAAUGGCCGCAAGCGGGGCGGCGACCGCGCCAAAGUCGAGUUUGAGACCGAGCUCUUCAAGUGGGUGAGCGCGCUCCGGCUCAACAACGUGGCGCUGGUGCCGUCGCACAUCCAGCAGCGCGCGCUCGUCCUCGCCAAGAAGUACCCGUCCAUGGACAAGUUCCAGGCGUCGUGGGGCUGGUACUACCGGUUCUGCAACCGCUAUAAUGUGACCGGCGCCUUGAGCUCGGACCCGACGACGACGUAUGACCAAGCCGUGCUCGGCCACGAUGCAGCAAGUCUUCUCCACCCGGAUGCCAACGCGAUGGGGUUCCUCGUCGGCGCCACCAAGCGCAAGGCUGCACCCAAGGGCGUCCACUCCGAAGAAGGAUUUCUGCUGCAUGCUGCCACCGCUGGCGAGCUCGGAUUUGUCGAGUGCCUGGUUCAGAAGGGCGUCGCAGUCGACUGCGUCGGCGUGGACGGGUGCACGCCGCUGCUCAUGGCACUCAAGGGUGGCCACUUCCACGUUCUCAAGUACCUCUUGGAGCAUGGUGCCAAGCCCGAUGCGACCGACGAGACGGGCACGAGCGCGCUGGUUGUCGCCGUCAAGUUGGGCCACGGCAACGCGCUCAAGAGCUUGCUGGAAGCCAACGCCAAGACCGAGACCACGGACACGAAUCUCAGGACCGCCCUCUUGCUCGCCUCGGAAAUGGGCGAUGUCAAGGCCGUCAAGCUUCUCCUCAAGUUUGGUGCCAACAUGGAAGCCACCGACGUCGACGACCGCACACCGCUCUUUAACGCGGUUCGCUUUGGCCACGUCGGCAUCGUCGACGUACUAAUCAAGAAGGGCGCCAAUCGCAUCGCGCGGUCGCUCGACGGUCUCACAGUGCUCGAGCUCGCGGAAACGCUGGAAACGUCGAGUGAAAUGAUGCACCUCCUCCAGAGCCCUGAAGGAACGACAGUGUGA